AUGCAUAAUGGUCAGGAGUACUCGGUUGAGGACAAAGAAAAGUGUAUCGACACCCAGCCAGAGAUGAGGCUCAAGGUUGAAGUCGCGCCUGAUCGCGUAAUUGCGGGACGGUUUGGAGUGCUAGGUCCAUUCUUAUCCAAACUUUUUGCCAGUGGAGUUGAGGCAAGAGGUGUCGAGCGGGUGCCAGAAGAUCAGCGAGAAGCCAAAAAUAUAUGGAACAAUCUGCUAAUGUGGUGGUCUGUCAAUAUGGUCCUCCCAGCAAUUCCUAUCGGAGUAGCAGCGCAAUCAAGCUUUACGCUUACCUUGCCACAUGCCAUUGCGACUAUUUUCUGCUUUGGUGCAUUGGGAAGUGUUGCGACUGCUUUUAUCGCGACCUUGGGGCCUAUAACAGGUCUACGUACCAUGGUCAUCACACGCUUCAGCUCAGGGCAUGUCGGUGGGACUAUCUACUCCAUUCUCAACAUCCUCACGCAGCUCGGCUUCUCGGUAAUGGCAGUUAUCCUAGGAGGGCAGACACUUGCUAGUAUCAACCCCGGCACCCUUCCCCUCGUCGUAGGAAUAAUCAUCAUUGGUGUAUGCUGUCUCGUCCCGUGUUUUAUCGGCUACAACAUUGUACACGUUUAUGAGCGCUACGUGUGGACUAUCACGUUCCUCAUUAUGUUGUUCUUGUACGGUCUCGGCGGGAAAGCUGGAUACAAUAUACAUGCACAGAAGCCAUUUGAGGAUACUGGACGAGCAUUAUCGGCUGAUAUCCUCAGCUUUGGCGGUAUUGUCUUUGGUUCAGUAACUGGCUGGGCACCCGUUGCAGCUGACUACAACUGCCGUCUACCCGCAGACACGUCUCCCAGGAGGGUCUUCUGGCUGACAUUUUUUGGGCUAUGGAUUCCUAUCAGUUUCGUCAUGACCCUCGGCGCUGCUUUGAUGACCAUUACAGACCCUGUUUAUGUCCAAGCCUAUGAGACAGGGGGAACUGGUGGGCUGAUCGGUCAGGUUUUAUCACAAUGGGGACACGGUGGACAAUUCAUCCUCUUCCUCCUCGCGUUCUCUGUUGUCGGAAAUAAUAUCCCGAACACCUAUUCUGCUGGCCUUUCGAUUCAGGCCUUGGGUCGGCCCUUCGCACUCAUUCCACGCUUUUUCUGGGUAUCCCUAGUGUUUGUUAUCUACACAGUUGCAGCCGUUUCUGGGCGUAACCAUUUUUCGGAUAUCAUGACGAAUUUCCUGAGCAUCUUCAGCUAUUGGAUCGCCUUCUUCAUCGUUGUCGUAGCAGAGGAGCAUUUUAUAUUCCGUAGGAAAGAUGGCGUGCUUGGGGGGUAUAAUCUUGAUGAUUAUGACUCUCCGUCUCGUCUUCCUUUGGGUGUUGCUGGUAUUCUUGCUGCAUGCUGUGGCGUCGCUGGCGCUGUUGUUGGGAUGUCAGAAGCUUGGUACACUGGCCCUAUUGGGAAAAUGGCAGGCGCGGCGUACGGUGCCGAUCUGGGGUCCGAGUUGGCUGCAGGAUUUGCAGCAGUGUCUUACCCCCCCCCUUACGAUGGUUAG